AUGGGUCAACAGGUUAAAUUGCCCUCGAAGAUAAGGGUACCCGAUUCCUUCCGGAACCCCGACCUCUGGUGUGAGUUCCAUCGUGACCAUGGUUACAAGACGGAAGAUUGCAUCGCAUUGAAGAUCGAAGUCAACGACCUACUCCAUAAGGGAUACCUUCGGGAGUUCCUCUCAGAAAAGGCGAAGAACCUCCUAAGCAAGGAGACAGCCAGGAAAUCUGCUGAAACCAAACCCGCGUCACCACCUCGACAGGACCGAGUGAUCCAUGUCAUAUCGGGAGGUUCGGAGAUAAGCGGCAUAUGCCAUGCAGCUGCAAAGAAGAGCACUCGAAACGCCAAACUUGGUCUAGAGACGUCUAAAUCAAAACUACUCUUGGGAACAGACGAGAUAAGCUUCACGACGAAGGAGCAAGAGAAGGUCCUGGCUCCCCAUCAUGACGCUCUAGUAGUAUCGCUUACCGUAGCAAACUGCUUGGUAAGGAGGAUCCUAGUAGAUAAUGGAAGCUCCAGGAACAUCGUCUUACAGACCGCCUAUCAGGACCUGGGGUUGGAUGAAAGUGCCUUAACUAGAAAGACAACCCCACUCGUGGGAUUCAGCGGAGAGGUGAAGCAAACCGCCGGUAAAGUGGUCCUUCCAGUCUAUGCUGAAGAAAUCAACAUGUCAAAUAAGUUCCUCCUCGUUGCUUGCCAAUCAUCCUACAACAUGAUCUUGAGAAGACCAUGGAUCCAUGAUAUGGGAGCUGUCCCCUCAACACUCCAUCAAAUGGUGAAGUUCCCUACUCCCUGA